AUUUAUACACUGCUCCUAAUACUAGUAUUAUAUGCUUGUAUUCAAAUCAGCUUUGAUAAACUGUGUAUCAAUGGCGAUUGAAUAAAGAAUAGGCAUAAAUAAUAAAGCCCCGAAACCAAGGGAGUGAGACUGUGACACCCUUUCUUCUGCACCACUCUGCACUUUGUUUUGCUUUCUCUCUCACAGAGAACACACAUUGGUCACUCUCUCUCUCUCUGAAAUAGAGGAAACCAGAGAAGAGUUCUCUACUUUUCAUCUCUCUUGUUUGUGUUCCAUUUUUCUAGUAUUUCAUUUCAGCGAUGAGUAAAGAAGAGUUCUUGAAGAUCCAGACUUGUGUGCUCAAAGUCAAUAUUCACUGUGAUGGGUGUAAGCACAAAGUGAAGAAAAUCCUGCAGAAAAUCGAUGGCGUUUACACCACCAACAUAGAUUCCGAGCAGGGGAAAGUUACCGUUUCCGGCAAUGUCGACGCCGCCACUCUCAUCAAGAAGCUUACCAAAAAUGGAAAGCAUGCCGAAAUCUGGGGCGCUCCCAAACCCAACAACAAUCCGCCCAAGAAUGACAAUGCCAAAGCUGCUGCUAAGAAGGCUCAGCCUCCGCCGCCGCAGAAGGGUGGCGGUGGUGGGAACAAUCAGGUGAAAGGAGGCGGAGGCGGAGGCGGUGGCGGGAUGCCGCAGGGGAUGACGCCGCAGAUGUUGCAGCAGCUGCAGCAGAUGAAAGCGUUGCAAGAUCUGAAGAUGGGGCCGCAGUUUAUGAAGGAUGUGAAGCCGGCGGUGGUGGGCGGCGGCGGCGGGCCGCAUCAAAAGGGGAUGAAGCUGCCGGAGGAGGGGCUCAGCGAUGAUGAGUUUGAUGACGAUGACUACGACAAUGAGGAUGAUUAUGAUGAGGAGGAUGAUGAGGAGUUUGAGGAUGAUCUGGAUGAUGGCCCUCCACCGCAGGGGAAGAUGAAGCAGCCGCCGCCGGCGAUGAACAAUGGGCAGCAGAUGAUGCCCAACAUGAUGACUCCGCAGCAGCAGAUGAUUAUGAUGAAGGCCGCCGCGGCUGCCGCCAAUGCCAAGAAAGAAGCCGGCGGCGGCGCUGGUGGCGGUGGUGGUGGUGGUGGUGGUGGUGGGAAUAUACCAAUGCAAAUGAUGAAUCUUGGUGGUGGAGGUGGAGGUGGAGGAGGAAAGAAAGGUGGUGGUGGGAAUGGAAAUGGUGGGAAUCAAGGUGGUGGUGGUGGGAAAGGUGGGAAAAACGGUGGCGGGCAGCCGCAAAUGGGGGGCGGGAACAAGAAUGGUGGCGGCGGAGGUGGAGGUGGGGCUGGAAAUGUCAACAAUGUCAUGGCAAAUGGGGCCAAGAAAGGGGCAGGAGGGGGUGGAAUGAAUGAUGGGGGUCAUGGCAUGCCACCAUCAAACAUGAUGAUGCCCAUGAAUGGUGCUGCUGCUAAUGUGGGCCAUAUGCCCAAAUUGCCCUCAAUGGGAAACCAACCAGGCUUCUCGGGCCUCCCGCCGAUGAACGGCGGCGCUGGCCCCCCUCCCGGCUACUUUCCGGGCGGAGGUCCCGGGCCGGAUCAAAUGGCGGGGAACACUUACUAUCAGCAGCAGCAACAACAACAACAACAGAUGGCGACAAUGAUGAUGAACCAGCAACGCGCCGCGGGGAACGAGAGGUUUCAGCCAAUGAUGUACGCCCGCACGACCCCUGCGGUCAACUACAUGCCAACCUACCCGCCCUACCCUUACCCACCGCCCCCUGGCGAGCGGGCUGAUCAGUAUUCGAUGUUCAGCGAUGAGAACACCGAUAGCUGCGCGAUCAUGUGAGCCACCGGCCGCUCCGGCCCAAAUGGCCGGAGUCUGGCAGCUGGUGUGGUUUGAUUUCAUAGGCAUGGAUGAUGAUGAUGGUGGUGGUGAUGACGACUUGAUAUGCCAUGCCAUAGUAUACCUUCAAAUGGUUUUUUAUAUUUUUACUUUCAUUUUUAUUUAUAUUUCCCCCCUUAUGAAUCCCUAAUUUUAGAUUAGUGUUUCAUGAUAGGAAGUUUAUGUCAUAGAUAAUAAUAUUAUAAUAUUAAAAAAGCCCUUAGACAUUGAGUUGUAUGGCUGUUUUGAUGAUGGAGAUGUUUAUAUCAAUCAUGUUUAUAUCUUCAGAAACUGAAAUAAAAUCAUAGAGAAAUGGGGUUUUAA